AUGUUCUCGCAGAAGGAUAGCAAUGCCGAGAGCCGCUUGUCAGGACAAGAUCGCGUUGCCCGCAACGUUCCCGAGACCGCGGUCGAAGAGGUCGAAGAGCCACUGUCAGCAACUUCACCGACUGCAUCACAACGCCCGUCGAACCCAACCCGUCAGUCGUCACGUAACGGCGUUCCCACCGUUGCGUCCUCCUUACGAAAUGGAUCCAACAGCCAUCAGGACACUCCCACUGCUCCGCCAGGCCGCUUCUGGACCGACGAGGACGGAGAGCAUCACCACUUCCUCAAGCAUGCUAAGCGUCAGGAGAAGCUCAGAGACAUCCUUCGUACCUUCCUUAGCGGCAAGGAGCGGGAAAACCACGAGGAACAGCCACUCUCUCUCAUGAACUCAUGGUUAGAUCAGGUUCGCACCGAGAAGAAUAAGAUGGCUGCGGACAAGUCUGGUGGGCCUAACGCUACUGCCACGCUUGUCCAGAAGUACGGCAAGUGCCAAGAAAUCGUGGGCAAGGGUGCGUUCGGCAUUGUGCGCAUCGCCCACAAGCCUGACCCGAACGAUGCAAAGCAUGAGCAGCUCUACGCCGUCAAAGAAUUUCGUCGUCGUCCGAAUGAAGACAGCAAGAAGUACGGCAAGCGGCUGAACUCGGAGUUCUGCAUCUCGUCGUCCCUCCGCCACCCGAACGUUAUUCACACCCUGGACUUGCUGAGCGACGCCAAGGGCGACUUCUGCGAGGUCAUGGAGUAUUGCGCUGGAGGUGACCUCUACACCUUGGUGAUGGUGGCUCACAAGCUCGACGUCAUCGAAGCCGACUGCUUCUUCUUGCAGCUGAUGCGUGGCGUGGAGUACAUCCACGAGAUGGGUGUCGCUCACCGCGAUCUGAAGCCCGAGAAUCUACUACUCACCACUCACGGCGCUUUGAAAAUUAGUGAUUUCGGCAACGGAGAGUGCUUCCGCAUGGCAUGGGAGACCGAGCCUCACCUGACGCAAGGCCUUUGUGGUUCCGCUCCUUAUAUAGCACCUGAGGAGUAUAUCGAAAAGGAGUUCGACCCGCGUGCCGUCGAUGUCUGGGCUUGCGGUGUUAUCUACAUGGCAAUGCGUACCGGGCGUCACUUAUGGACGCAAGCGAAAUCCGGCGAGGAAUUCUACGAGAACUAUCUAAAGGCUCGUCGCUCCGAGGAGGGUUUUCAGCCCAUCGAGUCGCUCCACAGGGCUCGAUGCCGCAACGUCAUCUACUCAAUCCUUGACCCCGUCGCUUCUCGUCGGAUCACUGCGUCACAGGUCCUUAAGAGUGAAUGGGGCAAGAACAUCCACGUUUGCAAGGCCGGCGAGGAGGGUUUGUAA